CUGCGGCUGGCGUUCGUGGCGUUCGCAUAAGUGACGAUUGUCCCCUGCGGUUGUCGUCGAUGAGCACGGUCGUCUACGUGUUGGUGGCAAGGGAGACGACAUUGAUACGUGAGCGUUGGGAAAGGCAGACGACCAUCGUCAGUGCGUGGCUCCCAAGAUAUUGCACAGCCACCGACGCUGUGAUCUUCCGCGUGGCGGUGUUUGUGGAGUCCAGUGUUUUGAUUGACGUGAUGUCAUCGGAAGCGGCGUCUGGGAUGGACGUUGACGGCGGGGUAGGACGCGGCGGUUUGACGACGGCGGAGAGGACGGCUAUUGCAGCGGUGGUUAAUGCCGUCCUCUUCCGCUGUCAGAUGGCGAGCAAUGACGCGAACUUCAAAGCGACGGCUAUUGCUGCGGUGGUUAAUGUCGUCCUCUUCCGUUGCCAGAUGGCGAGCAAUGACGCGAACUUCAAAGCGGCUUUUCGUGCACGGUGCAAGUUGUUGGCGCUUCCGACGACUGGGCAGUGCUUGGAUGUCGCUGCCAUUUCCGACACGGUGCUGGAGGUCUGCUACGCGAUGGGGUGUGGGGGGUUUCCACGGGCGACUCCACGGUGGUGGGUGAAGCGGCGAACGGGCGGCACGUGGGAGGAUCUGCCGCAAUGUGAUGACGCAAUGGAUGAUUACUUCAAGGAGAAGCUUCGAAUGUCGCCUCGUGUUUUCCGCGAGAUCGUGGAGACUCUUUCCCCACUCCUUCAACGCCGUGUGAAGUUCUAUAGGGUGCCUUUGCAGCCAGACCACAUCAUUGCCUAUGCACUGUACAGGUUGGCCACGGGGGAGACGUACGACAGCAGGACGUGUAGCUUCGGCAUCGGGAGGGCUUCCGGCAUCACCGCGGCGCGUGACAUCACGGUGGCGUUGCUGACUGCUUACCCCGACAAGAAAUCAUGGCCCACUGGUUUGCAAAAGGCGGUCGUGUUGCGCGCCUUCACGGACAAGGGGUUUCCAAACUGCCAUGGGUGCAUCGAAUGCACACAUAUCUACAUUGACAAACUCGCGAACACCAACGGUGAGGACUACUGCGACAGGAGACGUCGAUUCUCCGUGCAGGCGCAUGUGGUGGUCGACAUGAACUUGCGUGUGCUGGACGUCUUCGUCGGUUAUCCGGGGAGUGUGCAUGACAUGAGGAUGCUGAACCGUCGAGUUUGUGGGUGCGCGCGGAGUCAGGACAACUUUUCACAGGGCCGCAUGUGAUGCUGCCUUUUGGUGUGCGGACUAAUGGCUACUUGCUCGGCGACAACGGUUCUCCGCAGUCGGAAUGGAUAGUUGUCCCUUAAGGCGGUCUCGCGCAACA